CCAGCCCACCCAGCUCUCACAUUGCGCUUUCGGGAAAAAUAAGGUUUGAAGGCAGUUUUUUUUUACCGGAGCCAAGCGGGGCCUAGCGGGACUUGACGGCUCGACUAUGUGGAGACAGAAUCUUGUCUCGACAUGUCUCGUUUUUCUGCUGACGUUCGCCGACGCUUCGCGAUUUUUGAGCCAGAGCACAGCAUCGCAACUCCUAAGUAGGCGCAAGAGGGCCAACUCUCUUUUUGAGGAGCACAAGAAGGGCAACCUGGAGAGGGAGUGCAUUGAAGAGCUGUGCAACAGGGAAGAGGCCAGGGAGAUCUUUGAAAACAUCCCUGAGACGGACUACUUUUACCCAAAGUAUAUUGUGUGUCUGGGCUCCCACCGUGUUGGCAUCAGCAACCACAACACGGAUUCUGACAUCCCGUCAGAUCUUCGGACGUGUGUGAAAGAAAUCAGCAAUCAGUGCACGCCAUUUCCAUGCUACAGGGAAGGUACCAAGCAAUGCGUGGAUGGUCAAGCCUCUUAUACGUGUGUAUGCAAGCCUGGCUGGAACGGGCAAUGCUGUGAGAAAGACAUUGAUGAAUGUGUGGAUCCCACGUUUCCUGCGGGAUGUAACCAGGAAUGUGUUAAUAUUCCUGGAAGCUUCCACUGCACAUGUAACGAUGGCUAUUAUCUCAGCGACAACAUCAACUGUGUGGACAUCAACGAAUGCCGAAUGUACCCAAGUAUUUGUAACGAGCCUGCGAGCUGUGUCAAUACUCCAGGCACGUUUGAGUGUCAGUGUCCAGCGGGGUUCACAUAUAACUUCACUUCCAGGAGCUGCGAUGAUGUGGAUGAGUGCAAGGUGGGCGUGUGCGACGGCACAUGCGUCAACAAUGUGGGCAGCUACACGUGCCACUGCGAUGGCCGACAGGGUCUUCGCUUGGCAGACAACAAGCACGACUGCGAAAGGAUCCCGGUAUGCGUGGAUUUGUCUGACUUCAAAUACGCUGAGAUGUUGUACCUCGGGGAGCAGUUUGGAGGGCUUCCUGUGAUAUAUCUUCUUUUCCGUCUGCCAGAGACAACAAAGUUUGCAGCAGAGUUUGACUUCCGCACAUUUGACCCAGAGGGAGUUAUUCUCUACGCAGAAUCUUCCCAAGACUCAUGGUUCAUGCUGGGCCUGCGAGGCGGCCACAUCGAGGUCCAGUUUAAAAAUCAGCAUACUUUAAAGCUCACCAGUGGAGGCAAAGCCAUCAACGAUGGACAGUGGCAUGUGAUCUCAGUGGAUGAACUGGAGAAGAGCAUCAGUGUGAAGAUCAGCAAGGAAGCUGUGAUGAGCAUCAACAGCCCGGAGAGUCUAUUUAUGGGAGUCAAUGGCAAACUGGAGACGAAAGUUUACAUCGCCGCCCUCCCCAACCGCACCAACACUGUCAUCAAACCCAUCAACCCGCGACUUGACGGCUGCAUCCGGGGCUGGAACAUGAUGAACCAGGGAGCGUCUGGAGUGAAGGAGGUCAUCCAGGAGAAGAAAAGUAAACACUGCUAUGUGCAUGUGGAACGGGGAACUUUUUUCACCGGGGAAGGAUUGGCACGCUUCGACAUUGACUACAGUGACUCCGGAAGCUGGAAGGUGGAUUUAAGGCUGAAUAUACGUCCUUCAAGCAGCACAGGCAUCCUUUUUGCACUAGUUUCCAACAACACAGUCCCACUGACUCUUGCUGUGGUAACAAAGAACGAAUAUGAUGCUAACCUGCAGGUUUUCUUGGAUGGGGUUUCGGUGGCAACACUGGACUCGGUGCUGUUGUGUUACCCUGAACGAUUAAUAGUGCUGUUAACUGUGACUCCAACAGAAAUGUCAAUCUCGGCGAAUUCCUCAACCAUCAAGGAAAUAUUGCCCGAUGCCCUGCAGGAGGCACUGCAGCACCUCAACUCCACCAUGCAGAACCCGAUCAGCACCUACAUUGGCGGAAUACCAGAUGAGGUCCCAUUGGAUGUCACCCCAAUAACGGCCUUUUAUCACGGGUGCAUGGACAUCUCAGUCAAUGGGCAGAUGUUGGACUUUGACGAAGCGCUGAGCAAACACAACAGUAUCACGUCCCAUUCCUGCCCUCCUGCUUCAAUCCCAGAAACUGAUGCUCCUAUGCCACACUCAGAAUGACAUUAAUGAACACCCCACCCCACCACACCCCAUCGUGGGACAUUUAAAAAUGUAGGACGCAGGAUGGGAGGGAGUAAGAGGUAAUGGCGUAUCAAGGAGAUACUUUUCUAUGGUUGUAGUUGGUUUUGCCACUCAUAUGUGUUUUAAUUUGCUGAUUUGUGAUGUACAACAACACCUAGUUUGCUGGAAGCUGGAUGAUGUAGAUUUAGCACUUUGUGUCAACCAAGGAAUUCCGAGAAAUGUUGGAGAACAGCAGAGCUCCGUUGCACGCAUAACAUGUUGAGCAAGAGA